AAUAAUUGAAUGCGCUGGCGGGGAGGUGUACGCAUGCGUGGUUCGACGGCGAAGGGCGGGAGUGUGCGCCGCACGCAGGCGCAGUGCCGGCUGACGAGGUGGUUCCGGUGUGGCGGCGGCCCGUGACCAUGGUGGUGCCGUUGGCGGCGGCCGGGGGUCCCAGCGGGCAGUGAGGGGGUCGGUGAGCGGGCAGCGCCGACCGCAGGCUCCGUCCUGCUGCAGGUUAUGAACAUCUGUGAACGUGACCAGCCCUUGACUCAUUUUUGUCCGGAUUGCACACACCAACCACGGAGGGACAGAUUAAGCCAACUGUGUGCAGAGUCACCAUUUAUCUUCAGAGAGACAUGUCUGGGGACACCUGCUUAACUUCACCUUGUCCUUCCUCUGGAGCCAAACCCAAGGCCAUCAGCUUUAAAGGAGGAAGCAUGGGGAACAAAUACAUCAGGUUAAAUGUUGGAGGCUCGCUGUAUUAUACCACUGUUCAGAUUUUAACCAGACACGACACCAUGCUGAAGGCAAUGUUUAGUGGAAGAAUGGAAGUACUGACUGACAAAGAAGGUUGGAUCCUUAUUGACCGUUGUGGGAAACAUUUUGGCACUGUCUUGAACUACCUGAGGGAUGACUCAAUUAUCCUUCCAAAGAGUAGGCGGGUAAAGGAACUGUUGGCAGAGGCUAAAUAUUACCUCAUUCAAGGCCUAGUGGAUGUCUGUCAGACAGCUUUACAGGAAAAGAAUGAAUGCUGUGAAGUUGCUUGCACGAUCCCCAUGAUAACAUCUCCCAAGGAGGAAGAAAGACUAAUUGAAAGCUGUGCUAAGCCAGUUGUGAAGCUGCUGCACAACAGGAGCAACAACAAGUAUUCCUACACUAGCAACUCUGAUGACAAUUUGCUAAAGAAUGUUGAACUGUUCGACAAACUGUCCCUGAGAUUUAACGGAAGAGUGCUUUUUAUGAAGGAUGUCUUAGGAGAUGAGAUUUGCUGCUGGUCAUUUUAUGGACAGGGCCGCAAGCUUGCUGAGGUUUGCUGUACCUCCAUUGUGUAUGCAACAGAAAAGAAACAAACAAAGGUUGAAUUUCCUGAAGCAAGAAUUUACGAAGAGACAUUGAACGUCUUGCUUUAUGAAACGCCACGUGUACCUGAUAACUUGCUGUUAGAGGCUACUAGUCGAACAUCUGUUCAAGGGUCACACAGUGAAGAUGAGGAGGCAUUGGAAGUUAGAGAUCGUGUGCGUAGAAUACACGUGAAAAGAUACAGCUCAUAUGAUGAUAGACCCCUUGGACACCAGCCUGCCUACAGAGACUAAAAUCAAACAUUCCUGGGUAUAUAUUUACAUUUUUAAAAAAAAUUGUGUACUAAUGGUCAUCACUGUGCAGAUCAUCCUGGAAUAUGAAGAUAACUGACUGAUGGCAGAAGGGAAACCUGUGUGCUUUUAAGUUUAAUUUUCUGUAAUCUGUUAUCUUGAUUUUCAUUCUUCUGGAAAAAAAAUGCCUUAAGUGGAGCUGAAAUACAUCUCAAAACUUGUGCAUAAAUUUUCCCUUAAUUGUGGACGAUCCUUCUAUUGAUGUUUGGCAUGUUCCAGAAAUCUGCAAUCCAAAGUGAUGUAACUCGUUACAGCACCUGACUAGCUCAUGGCAGUGGGAAUUCAAUACCAAUGCCAGUGAAUUGUCAUUCUGUCAUGACCAUGAACAUUUGACAGAGAAGGUCAAAAUUACCAUAAUUCCCAGGUGAUUGCUGCACAUUUGCAUAAGACUAUGGAGGCCUUUGGUAAAGAGGCCCUCCCCUUUUUACCACUGUUACUUUAUUUUGGAUUCUGCCCUUGUAUCACUGGGAAGUCCAAAUGUGUGCCUGAGCAGGAAUAUUGCUAAUUUCAUACUUGGCUUGCAUUCCUGUUCUGUAUAUGUCAGUAUCAUAUCGCAUUUACUUCCAAGGCUAUUGAGGAAGUGUUCGUUUAUACCUCUUAGACCUUUUGGAGUAUUUCAGUCAAAAGUUGCUGUAUAGAAAGAGGAUCUUUUUUGGGAGAUAGAGUGGAGAGAAUGAGAAGAGUAAUUUACAUUUCUUACUGCAUCUCUCCCAAAGUAUUCUUUCAAGUCGAUUGCGAUUGCAAAUUAAUAUUUCACACACUUAACGUGCUUUUUUUUUGGUUCAGUUUACAACAUUUGGGAUUGAAGUGCAUUAGAAUUUUGGAUAGUUUUGAAACAUUCCACCUGUUACAAACCUCACAGAACUGUGGCAGCUUAUAUUUGUGGUGAAAUAUUUCACAUGCAUUUUUAAUCUGAUUUGUUCAGGUUUUUUUUGUUAAUACGCAGUAUGGGAUGACUAUUUUUAUUUUCUUCUUUAUGAUGGUAGUACAGCUGUGCAGGUGAAAUUUAUUUUGACUGGACCAGAAUUUAAAUUUGUUUUUGUAUUUAUGUACCCAUUGUUCUAUUCUUCUGGACUGAGAUGCUUAAAACUAUUUUGUAUCAUUUAGGACGGAAUAGUGAUGUGUCUAACAUUUGCCUGGUAAAACUGCAGUUUGUAUACUAAUGUAAUUUUUAACGAAAUUGUAUUUAAAUAACAUAUAGGUGGCUCAAGCAAACGAAGGUUGGAUUUUCGACCAGAAAAGUUUGUUUUUGAUAACUGCCAGUUAAUAUACUGUAGAAUCCUUCCAUACACCAUGGCUGUCUUCAGGUCAGAGAUAAAAUAACUAGCAGAGUUUAUUCCUUUUCAGCUCUUUUCCCCCAUCUUUCCACUGUGAUACAGAGCCUGCUGCCCAGCUAUAGAGCAGCUUUGUCUAACUGAAAAAAAACUUACAGCUGAUGAAACAUUCAGGAGUGAGUCUGUGCCAAAAAUUGAGUCAUGAGUCCUUUUCAGGUGAUCAAGGUUACUUCAUCUGUUUCUUUUCAGUGAUGGUCUUGGCUGCAAGAGGAGUUCAGGCGCUGUUUUUUCACAAUCCUACUUAUUGAAACAGAAACUACUUGCCUCGGUGCCAAUCAUAAGUCCUUAAAAGCUCACCGAAUUGACCUUGCAAUGCGUCUUAAUAACAUUUUCCAGGUGUGUAUAUUUUUCUAAGUUAGUUUUGCCCUAAGAGCUAGAAUUAUUCCCAAACUAAACAGAUACAUCAGCGGCAAUAUCUCCACUCGUAAAGAUAUUGUCCGGAAUCCAAGUCUUCCCCGUACCAUCCCUAAACCUUGGUUCUGUAGGUGCACACCAGUCCUGGAGGCCAUAAACAGAGGAUUUCUGAAACACGAUUGUGCCUUUGGAACCUCUUUUUUUGCAUGGCAAGACACCUACUUGAUACAUGGCCCAAAGAUUCAUUAGCAGACUGACACCUCUGACACAACCUGGUCAAUAGAAUUUUUCACAAGAUGAAAUAGGAAACAAGUUUCUUUCUAUUUUGAUUUUGAGGUUUUUGGAUUUACCCUGUGCUGCAUACUUUUUACAUAUUCUGCCCUAGCCUGUCAAUUUCCCCUUUCCUAUCCUAUGCUAUCUCUCUUUUAAUUUCAUCUUGACUUAUUAAACAUCUUGCUCUUGGAGCCCUUUCUUUUCCGCCCCCCCCCCCCCCCCCCAUUUAGUUUAAAGCCCUAUUCAUAAGCCUAUUUAUGUGAUUUGUCAAGACACUAUGGAGAUGGACGAUUAGUCCAUAUUUCACCCUUGGUCUUGUUAAGAUAGCCCAGUGGACUAGUAAUGACGGAUAGAUAGUGAUAUAGGACUGAGAGGGAAUUUGGGAGGAUGCAGAAGAGUCCACGUGUGCUUUCCAUACUAGAAUAUUAGGCUCCAUUUCAUGCUGUUUAACAGAGGCAGUGUGAUUGAAUUUCCAUCACAGUGCCCACCUUCAUGCCAUAAUAUUGUUUGAAUAACUAUGCUUUAAGGUGCCUACUGUGUGAUCAUUUCAAAAAUUCAACAACAACAGAUACGCUGAGCCACUUUUUAGACAAUCUUAACACUGUUCUUUUACCACCUCAAACUUAAAUCCAAAUCCCCCUCCAAUUUGGGGGGAAGGGAGCAUCAACAAUCAUGCCGUAAAAAUGUUGUCACCAUUUUAUAAAUGAGAGAGCCUAGAUCCUCAACAUGGAAUUGUCCUUUAGCCUCUUAUGUUCACUGCUGUAGGAAGUGAAAUAACCCAGAUUUUCAUGUGCAGCCCAAAAUGGUACACUACUCAAUAUCAAUUCUGAAAUAUUUUAAUUGACCACACCAAUAUUGCCAUUAAGUGUAAAUUGGAAACAUUUGAGCAAAAAGCAAAAUCUUUUUGUUCAAACACUUCACCUAAAUUAUUAUUUUUCCAUAAUUUGCCUGCAAUUACAGAUGAGUGAUGACAUUCAAAUUGUGAUUUGUGUGUGUGUUUCCAAAUCCCCUUUUACUCAUUAACCAAUUUGUAACCCACAUACUGCAGUGAUUAAGAUUCAACUCACAACUGUGGAUUCUCUUAUUGGAAUUAACCUUUAAAAUGGUUGGUUAACUAACAAACUGGAAUACUCGCUUGCAAAACCACUCUCUGUAAAUAAAUUUGCUCUUAACACUGUGAUGAAUUAUUUUUCCACGAUGUUGCUGUGUCGCACACAUUUCAAACAAACUCAAGUAGCACUACCUGAGGAAUAACUUUAUAGAAGUGUAUCCUGUGCAGAAGUGUUGCUCCUUUUUAAAUGUUAAGCAAAAAUGUUUGCCAACCUUAAUAAAAUUUGUGAUGGUUGCUGUUAUGUGUGAGCUCUUUUUGCUGUAUACUGAUGGUUUUUAAUGUAUGUCUUGUAUGUUUCAAGAA